UUCAAAUCCAAACGAGUUCCAUUUUAGCAUCAAGACAAUGGUAACCGUUUUGUCUAAGAGAAAACCAAAAGCCCCGAAAAAGAUCGAGCCGAAAAGGGGCUGUUUUCGAUCAUGUGUGGCAUGGUUUGUGUAUCCUCUUCCGACCGCUCUCUUUUUCAUGAUUCUUAUGUUUGUUUGGACAUCAUCGACCACUUACAUUUCGGGCAGGAUUGUGCAUGUUUGUGUCUCGUCUCGUAAGCUGACCAACCUUUAUUGUCUCUCGGCCACCACACAACCGAACGACAAGUUCCAGCUUCCGUUCACGAAUUCUAGUUCUCCAGAGUUUCUGGAGAACGGAAUUCCUGUUCUUGAAGAAAAACUAGAAAAGAGAUUGGCGAAUUCGGCCUUGGAUGACAAUUCGGUUAACCUUAACCGGAACCUCAAAGGCGAGUCCAAAGAAGAUGUUAGUGUUGUUCGAAACCAAAGUGAUGGGAAUAAUGGGCUUGAGGUCGUUGAUGACCUCAAAGGUGAUCCCAAUGGAGUUUCCAAAGUUGUCAUUGAAAACCCGACUGCUUUUGAUGAUAAAAGAGUCGGGAAUGAAAACCCGGCCACUUUUCUUGAGAAAAGAGCCGGGAAUGAGGCCACUGGCACCAGUGGCCUUAAAGACGACUCCAAGAAAGUUUCUAGUUUUGUUCAUGCAAACCAGAAUCCUCUAAAUGGCAGUCUUGAUGAAAUAAAGAAUGCGAGGGAAGUUGUCGAAGAGUAUCUUCGAGUCCAGAGAUCGUGGGCCGCUAAUCAAAACUGGAAUCAGAACCAAAACCAAUGUCAUGGCCGAGGAAUCUAUGUCUAUGAGUUGCCACCAAAGUUCAACAAGGAUUUGGUGGCUCAAUGUCAUGAUAUGGUUCCUUGGGUUGAUAUGUGCAAGUAUUUCAGUAACAACGCGCUUGGUGAGCCCAUACCGGAGCUUGGAAACCGAUGGUUCAAGACUCAUCAGUACUCGUUGGAAUUGAUAUUCCAUUCGCGAGUUUUAAAGCACCCGUGUCGUGUUUACGAUGAAAACCAAGCAAAACUCUUCUAUGUUCCAUAUUAUGGUGGUCUAGACAUCUUGAGAUGGCAUUUCAAGAAUGUAUCUAGUGAAGUCAAGGAUACUUUGUCUUAUGAACUUGUAAAUUGGCUAGAAAUGCAAAAAUCAUGGGACAAGAAUCUAGGAAAAGAUCAUGUCUUUGUUUUGGGGAAAAUUUCUUGGGAUUUUAGGAGGAAGGAUUACACAUCAUGGGGGACUAGAUUUCUCGAGCUCGAGGAGAUGCAAAACCCGAUAAAGCUCAUGAUCGAACGACAACCAUGGGAGCUCAACGACAUCGGGAUCCCUCACCCAACUCACUUCCACCCACACUCAGACGACGACAUCCGUGCAUGGCAACGUAAAAUCAUCUCAUCAAACCGUCGAAGCCUCAUCAGUUUUGCAGGCGCCGCCCGUCCUGACGCUCAUGACAACAUUAGGUCUAUCUUGAUAGACCAAUGCACAUCAGCAACCGAGGAACAAUGUAAGUUCUUCGAUUGCAAAACAAAGCAAUGUGACGAGCCCCAAUCACUAAUAGGGCUAUUCACGGAGUCUGAAUUCUGUCUUCAGCCUCCAGGCGAUAGCCCUACUAGGAAGUCAGUGUUUGACUCAUUGGUGUCGGGGUGUAUCCCCGUCCUUUUUGACCCAUUUACGGCUUACUAUCAAUAUCCCUGGCAUUUGCCCGAAGAUCAUGGGAAGUAUUCGGUUUUUAUCGAUCAAGAAGACGUGAGGAAGAUGAAGGUGAAUGUGGUGGAAAGGUUGAUGAAGAUGCCAUUGAAGGAGAGGGAUGAUAUGAGAAGAAACAUUGUAUAUGAUUUGAUGCCAAAGCUAGUUUAUGGAGAUGAAGAUGCAAAGUUUGAAUUGUUUCAAGAUGCAUUCUCCAUUACAAUGAACAAUGUGAUGGAGAGGGUUAAAAGCUUGAACUUGGAGUAACCGAAAGAUAGGCUUAACCGGAGAUGAGUGAACAAGCCGGAAAUUAAACCACCGGUAACCGGAAUAUUCUUGUUGUCUAGGUAUUGAAGUGUGUUUUGCAUAACAUUCAUUUUAGUUCACUUGUUCAGAUUCUAAGUUUCUUUGCACUGCAUAUCAGAAAGAAUAUGAUCAUUCUUAUAUAGAUAUAUUCCUACCAAGUUGUAUUAUAAAAAAAAUUAAUUUAAUAUACAGUUUUGUUUAA